UUCCUCUCUCAUUGAGUAAUCUAAUUUCAUAAAAUCCCGUAACGUUUUCCCUACCACCCUCUCCCCCUCCUCCGCCAUGACCCAUCAUCACCGGCGAGAGUCCUUCUCCGUAACCACCUCUAACAUGGGAGGCUCCGCGGUGCUUUGUCCUAAUACCGACCUUCUUUGGCCAUUUGGCAAGCUUGAAGGGCUUGAUCGAGAUGAUAUUCGUGAGACGGCUUAUGAGAUCUUCUUCACGGCUUGCCGAUCAUCACCGGGGUUUGGAGGCAGGACUGCUCUCACGUUUUACUCUAACCAUAACAGCAACGACCAUCAUGGAGACGGAGGAGGAGGAGGUAUAGGAUCCGGUGGUGGCUCACCUGGUGCUGGCUCUGGGUUCGGGUUUGGGUCUUCAGGGAGGAAAGAGGUGGUCACGACCCCGACUAGCAGGGUCAAACGGGCUUUAGGCUUAAAGAUGCUUAAACGGUCUCCCUCUAGGCGAAUGUCAACGAUAGGGGCCGCUGGAGGAGCUGGAACUUCUCUAUCCCCUGGUGGCGGGAUGAAUAGUAGUUCGGGACAUAUUAGUCCUGGAGCCGGGUUCUUAACUGUCCCACCUUCUCGGCCUAGAAGACCCUUGACCUCGGCUGAGAUCAUGAGGCAACAAAUGAAGGUGACAGAACAAAGUGACAGUCGGCUUCGAAAAACCCUGUUGAGAACGCUUGUUGGCCAAACGGGUAGACGAGCAGAGACCAUAAUCUUACCGUUAGAGCUUCUCAGACACUUGAAAACAUCAGAGUUUGGUGAUGUACACGAGUACCAACUCUGGCAAAGACGACAACUCAAAGUCCUUGAAGCUGGUCUUCUUCUUCAUCCAUCGAUUCCUCUAGACAAAACCAACAACUAUGCAAUGCGUCUAAGAGAAAUUGUCAGACAAAGCGAGACAAAACCCAUUGACACAAGCAAAACCUCAGACACAAUGAGAACACUCACCAACGUCGUCGUAUCUUUAUCUUGGCGUGGCACUAACGGAAAUCCAACUGAUGUUUGUCACUGGGCUGACGGUUACCCUCUCAACAUUCAUCUUUAUGUUGCUUUGUUGCAGUCAAUAUUUGAUGUCAGAGACGAGACAUUGGUGCUUGAUGAGAUCGAUGAGCUUCUUGAGCUAAUGAAGAAAACUUGGUCAACACUAGGGAUCACACGACCGAUACAUAAUCUGUGUUUCACUUGGGUUUUAUUUCAUCAGUACGUCGCGACUUCACAAAUUGAACCGGACUUGCUUGGCGCUUCUCAUGCUAUGUUGGCUGAAGUUGCAAAUGACGCCAAGAAGCUUGACCGAGAAGCCCUCUAUGUGAAACUAUUAAACUCGACAUUGGCCUCUAUGCAGGGAUGGACCGAGAAAAGGUUAUUGAGCUACCAUGAUUAUUUCCAAAGAGGGAAUGUGGGAUUAAUAGAAAAUCUUCUACCAUUGGCAUUAUCAUCAUCGAGGAUCUUGGGAGAAGAUGUGACGAUUUCUCAAGGGAAAGGACAAGAGAAAGGUGAUGUGAAAUUAGUGGAUUAUUCAGGAGAUCGCGUUGAUUAUUACAUAAGAUCGUCCAUUAAAAACGCAUUUUCUAAGGUGAUAGAAAACACGAAAGCUAAAAUCGCAGCUACAGAUGAAGGAGAAGAAGCUGCUGGAACGUUGUUGCAACUAGCUAAGGAAACAGAGGAGCUAGCGUUAAGGGAACGUGAAUGUUUCAGCCCAAUACUCAAGAGAUGGCACUCUGUUGCUGCUGGUGUUGCCUCAGUGUCACUUCACCAAUGUUAUGGCUCAAUCUUGAUGCAAUAUUUAGCUGGAAGAUCGUUUAUCUCGAGAGAUACUGUUGAAGUUUUGCAAACGGCAGGGAAGCUCGAGAAGGUCCUGGUGCAGAUGGUGGCUGAAGAUUCAGAAGAAUGCGAUGACGGUGGUAAAGGACUUGUACGAGAGAUGGUUCCAUAUGAAGUUGAUUCAAUUAUACUGCGCCUUUUGAGACAAUGGAUAGAAGAGAAGCUCAAGAGAGUUCAAGAGUGUUUAUUUAGAGCAAAAGAAACUGAAACGUGGAACCCGAAAUCCAAAUCAGAACCUUACGCUCAAUCUGCGGGAGAGCUGAUGAAGCUAGCCAAAGACACUAUCGAUGAGUUCUUUGAAAUACCUAUUGGGAUUACAGAAGAUCUAGUUCAAGAUAUCGCGGAAGGAUUGGAACAACUCUUUCAAGAAUACACCACAUUUGUUGCAUCUUGCGGAUCAAGACAAAGUUACAUUCCUACAUUACCUCCUCUUACAAGAUGUAACCGAGAUUCAAGAUUCGUUAAACUAUGGAAGAGAGCUACACCGUGUACUACCCCCAACGAGGAUUUCAGCCACACCGCAUCAGUGAUUUCCGACGGCCACCAUCCACGACCGUCCACAAGCCGGGGGACUCAACGUCUAUACAUUCGUCUCAACACAUUACAUUUCCUAAGCUCUCAUAUCCACUCGUUAAACAAAACACUCUCUUUAAACCCGAGGGUACUUCCCGCAACUCGAAAACGUUACCGCCAUCGAAACAACAAUUCAUCUUCCUAUUUCGACUUCACAUACGCUGGAAUCGAAUCAGCUUGCCAACACGUUUCAGAAGUCGCGGCUUACCGUUUGAUUUUCCUCGAUUCAAACUCUGUUUUCUACGAGAGUCUUUACGUAGGAGAAGUGGCGAACGCGAGGAUCAAACCAGCGUUACGUAUCAUGAAACAGAACUUAACAUUGAUGUCAGCGAUUCUUGCGGAUCGAGCUCAAUCACUAGCAAUGAGGGAGGUAAUGAAAUCAUCCUUCGAAGCGUUCUUGAUGGUCCUUCUCGCCGGUGGAUACUCCCGAGUGUUCUAUAGAUCGGAUCACAGUUUUAUCGAAGAAGAUUUCGAGAGCUUGAAAAGAGUAUUUUGCACUUGCGGUGAAGGGUUGAUACCUGAAGAAGUGGUGGACAGAGAGGCAGAGACAGUGGAAGGAGUGAUUCAGCUAAUGAGUCAACCAACAGAGCAACUUAUGGAAGAUUUUAGCAUCGUAACUUGCGAAACAAGUGGAAUGGGGAUGGUUGGAUCCGGACAAAAGCUACCGAUGCCUCCAACUACUGGACGUUGGAACCGGUCUGAUCCGAACACGAUCUUGAGGGUUCUUUGUCAUAGAAACGAUCGUGUCGCUAAUCAGUUCUUGAAAAAAUCGUUCCAAUUGGCUAAACGAAGGUGAAUUGGAAAGAAAUGAAGAAAACAAACACAAAAAAAAAGAAUUCAACUAAAAAGGAAUGUUUAUGUUGGUGAGAGAUUCGUUGUUGUAAAUGUCAUUAAGUAUGAUUUUCGAGUUUUGGAACUGAUUUGUGAUUUAAAAAAAAAUAUUUCUCUUUUUGUUGCAUUCGGGGUUGAAGCUGAUUGUUUGUUGUUAACGAAGAAAAAUAUUCGUUGAUUUUUUUAUUAGAUGUAUUCAUAAAU